AUGGCCGACUCAGCCCCCCCCGGAGAACGCAGCUACGGCGCCCCCGUCGGCGGCGCCGCGUCGGCGACUAUGCACUACCUCUGCGCAGAAUGCGGCGUCAAGGUCGGCAUUAACAAGGGCGAGCCCAUUCGCUGCAAAGAGUGCGGCCACCGUAUCCUCUACAAGCAGCGUACCAGACGAAUGGUGCAGUUUGAAGCGCGGUGA